AUGCUUCCCAUCGCGGUAACCGCUGCGUCGCGCCGUACCUCUGCAUCUCCACCCUCCGACCCCGACGACGACCCCAGCCCUCCGCUCCGCCGUUCGCGUCCACCUCGAAUCGCCAACCACGUCGGCUCGACGUCCGCGGGAACACGCUGCAGCCUCGCAACGCAGGGGCUCCCGGUCUCCUUCGCCUCCUUCGCGGCCCGGGGAGAAGUGGUCUAG